GGCCGUUUCGCGAUCGUAUCUUUUGGCCGCGAGAUCAUGCCAUCGACCGACGACGCCGAUGAUUCCGACGACGACGCUUUGUGGAAGUUUGCACCGCCGCCAGCGUCCGUGCUCCGUGACGCCUCUACCGCCACGGACGUCGACAUGACGCCGUUCUACGACGUCGACCCGACUUUCGAGCACAAAUUGCGUGCGCUCGGCCCUCGGUCGUACCACGCCGAGAGCCUCCGCGUCGCGUGCCGCGACAACGUGACGUCGCUCGACUGGUCCCAGACGUAUGUGACGCAGAGACACAUGGACGCGCUCUCAGCGUACGUUGCGCUCACGUCGCGCCACCUCGUGUCCCUCACUUUGUCCAAGAAUGCGCUCGGGCCGAGUGGCGCCGAGCUGCUCGGGCUCGCGCUCGUCACCAACAACACGAUCGAGUAUUUGGACGUGAGCGAAACCGAGCUCACGGGAAGUCCGCUCCGCCCGUCCUUUGCCGGCCUCUCCAAGCUCGUCCAAGGCUGGGAGAGCAAACGCUCGGUGUUGCGGCACCUCAACAUUGCUGGCGCGGGGCUCCAGCCCAACGGCGUCCGGCUUGUCUGCUCGGCCCUCGCCUUUCAUCGCACGCUGACGGCGCUCAAUAUAUCGAGCAACAUGGCAGGCAUCUUCAAGGACAAGCAAGGCUAUGUCGCGCUAGCGAGUCUGCUUCGCUUCUCCGGAUCGCUCACGUCGCUCGAUAUGUCCAACAACCCGUUCCAGUCGGCGGCGACGGGUACGCUUGUGGAGGCACUCGAUGGAAACACGGGGCUCACAUCUCUCAACGCCACCGGCUGCAGCGUCGCCGACGCCCUCUACCAGCUGCAUCUACCUGCGCUGUUUGACCUACGACUUUAGUCCUAGCAAGAUAUUGCGGACUAAAAAGUUGACAGUCUU